AUGAAUUUCCAUUAUAAUAAAAAUAAUAAUAUUUUAUAUUUAUUUGUAAUUGUAUUUUAUAUAUUUAAUUUAUUCGAAUAUUCAAAUGCACAAUAUCCAAGUUAUUUGGGUCCACCCUAUAAUUUCUUUGCUUCCAAUGUAGCAACUGGAACUUUCUAUACCGCCGUCGACAAUGGAAACUGUGGAUAUGGUCCACUUUUCGGAUCGAAAGGUCCACAAACCAGCUAUAUUGCUGCGAUCAAUACAUUCUUUUUCAAUCACACCAAUCAGUGUGGUCAGUGCUAUGAGCUAUCGAUCAAUGGAAAUACACUGACUGUGCAAGUCGUUGAUCAAUGUCCAGACCCAGGUUGGUGCGACCAAGCUCACAGCCAUUUCGAUCUCUCGCCACAGGCAUUCGCAGCACUCCAAAACCAACAGGCACUUGGUGGCACCAUGCAAGGUCUCAACUUUAGAAAGGUGGCAUGCAACGUCAAUGGAAACAUCAAAGUCAGCAUCAAAGAUGGUUCCAAUGAGAAUUGGACUGCAUUCCUACUGUUCAACCAUGUUGUUGGCAUCGAAUCCGUUUCGAUCCUUAGAGAAGGAUGUCAACCGGAGCCACUCUAUCGAACAACCUACAACUAUUGGACACAAGACCGUGGAACCACCCCAAACUACCGAUUAGUUAUCACCUCGAUUCUCGGCGAAACCAUCGUCACCGAACCAUUAGCAAACUGUAUUUCGAACGGCCUAUUCGACACUGGCGUUCAAUUUAAAAACUUCCCACAAAAUGGAGGAACUAUUAUCCCGACACAACCUCCAACUCAACCUCCAACUCAAAGACCGACCCAACAACCAACACAGCAACCUCCAACUCAAAGACCGACCCAACAGCCAACACAACAACCGACUCAGAGACCAACCCAACCAACUCAACCACCAACUCAGCCACCAACCUAUCGACCAAAUCAACCAACCUAUAGACCAACUCCGCCACCAGGUCGCAGAAUUAAACCAAGAGCCGAAGGAUAUAUUUCCUAUUCUUAA